AUGUCAAACACUUUAUUAAAGAAUCUUUCAUCGAACAAUGAAGACGAAAUAGAUGAAUUAAAGACUUUAUCUCAACAAGCCUGUUCUCAUUCUGAAGGGUUUUAUUUAGUUACUGAUCAUUCUGAAUUAGGUACUACAACAAAUAAAUUUUCCAAUAAACGACCAACUAGUAGUGAUCAUAAUAUGAAUAAUAACAACAACUUUUAUUUAUCAGUUUCACCUGACAAUCUGGCUAUUUCCUCAACAGGUAUGAGUUAUUUGAAUACAUUCAACUUUACCCUUUCCAAUUUUGAUUCGAACAUGGCUGGACUGGAAUAUGGAUUUCUUGGUGAUAUGGUAUUACAACAACCUGCUCAGCAAGUAGAUACAUUUUUACCAUCUUGGAACAACUCGAGUAUUGCAACAACAAUAACAUCAGCAUCGGCGAUUCAUAGUGAUCAUAUUCCAUCGAAGACAAUACCAACAAUGCCGACCAUCUCAUCUACACCUAAUGAAGCAAUCACUUCCUUUACUACUCAACAUCCACUUGAAGAACCUACGCGCCGCUCCUCCUUCACUAGCAAAGUGACAGAACCAGUAAUUCGCAAGCCAUCGUAUUCAACAUCAAUAGAAUUCUCUCCACGACAUCCACAUCCUCGACAACAUAAGCAGGAAACAGUACAAUUAUCCUCGUCGUCAUCAUCAUUAACCAGGCUCAAAAACACUGUCCAACAACAAAAGCAACAACAAAGGCAAUCACAACAAAAGCAACGACAACAUGUAUCAAUCAAUUCUCAUGAUAUCAACCGUGUCAGUUCUUCCAUAGAUGAAAAACCUUUCAACUAUGCUGAAGGAUUUCAUUAUCUAAUACAAUACGUGCGUGAAAAAAUGGAUCGUGAUGAUUUGAUGCGAAUCAGCAAGGCAUUAGCAAAUUUCCGUCCAUCCUUUUUGGCACUCAUUAUGAAUCUGACAGAAGAAGAUUUGAUCUUUACGGAAAAAUGUAUACAAAGAACUCUUUUGGAAUAUGAAAAAUUGAUUAGUUUUUCUGGUACACCUACAGUUGUUUGGCGAAGAACAGGGGAAAUCUGCUUGUUAGGAAAGGAAUUCUGUUUGUUGACGCAAUGGACCAAGGAAUCAUUACUGGAUAAAAAGACAUACAUAUAUGAAUUGAUGGAUUGUCCUUCGGCGGUAGAAUAUUGGAAACUCUUUUCAAAACAUGCAUUUGAUAAUACUGAUUCUUCUAGCGCUCGCUAUACUUGUGUUCUGCAAUCACCUGAAAAACGACCUAUACCCUGCACCUUUUGUUUCAUGAUCAAACGUGACAUAUUCGAUCUUCCAAGUGUUAUAGUUGGUAAUAAAUUAUAA